AUGACACAGAGCCUGUCGGGCCCGCGCACUCUUGGCAAAGUUUCAGUGCAACGAGAGGCGCCGGGCGCUCCAUGGCCGCGCCGUAACACGGACCCAGCCGCCUCCCCGCCCAGCCCAGCCCAGCCCUUCCGCCCGCCCAGGAUGGAGGCGCCCGCCAGCGCGCAGACCCCGCACCCGCACGAGCCCAUCAGCUUCGGCAUCGACCAGAUCCUCAACAGCCCGGACCAGGACAGCGCACCAGCCCCGCGGGGCCCCGACGGCGCCAGCUACCUGGGAGGGCCCCCCGGGGGCCGUCCGGGCGCCACGUACCCGUCUCUACCCGCCUCCUUUGCCGGCCUCGGCGCGCCCUUCGAGGACCCGGGAUCUUACAGUGUCAACCUGAGCCUGGCGCCCGCCGGCGUUAUCCGAGUGCCAGCGCACAGGCCGCUGCCCGGGGCCGUGCCACCGCCUCUGCCUAGCGCGCUGCCCGCCAUGCCCUCCGUGCCCACGGUCUCCAGCCUGGGCGGCCUCAAUUUCCCCUGGAUGGAGAGCAGCCGCCGCUUCGUGAAAGACCGCUUCACAGCUGCGGCGGCGCUCACGCCCUUCACCGUGACCCGGCGCAUCGGCCACCCCUACCAGAACAGGACGCCGCCCAAGCGUAAGAAGCCGCGCACGUCCUUUUCUCGGGUGCAGAUCUGCGAGCUGGAAAAGCGUUUCCACCGCCAGAAGUACCUGGCCUCGGCCGAGAGGGCGGCGCUCGCCAAGUCCCUCAAAAUGACGGACGCGCAGGUCAAGACCUGGUUUCAAAACCGGAGGACCAAGUGGCGGCGGCAGACGGCGGAGGAGCGGGAGGCGGAGCGGCAGCAGGCGAGCCGGCUCAUGCUGCAGCUGCAACACGACGCCUUCCAAAAGAGCCUCAACGAUUCCAUCCAGCCCGACCCUCUCUGUCUGCACAACUCGUCGCUCUUUGCUCUGCAGAAUCUGCAGCCCUGGGAGGAGGACAGCUCCAAGGUCCCCGCCGUCACCUCUCUGGUGUGA